CAGACUUUCUUAGAAAAUCCCAACGGAUCAUCCCGCAUAUAGCGGUUUGUAAGGAGCUGUCAAAAAGCAAGUCACGAACCCAAGAGUCCUGCGGACCCAUAAAGAAACUGCUCAACAACAUGAUGGAAGCGUCGGGCUCCACGACUGCCGCGCGCCCUGCUGCCCCCGUUCCGCCUGCAGCUGCGGCCCCCGCCGCAGCUGGAGAAGGCACUACCACUGGCUCGGCCUCGGUCCCCGCCUCGGAGAUGCUUCGUCAGAUCUCGACGCAGUUCAAAACUCAGAUCUCACAGGUGCAGAUGCCGCCGGCUAUUAAGGAGCGCACGGACGAGCUGGAGCGCCGCAUCUCGGGCACAGACAUUAAGCGCAUUAAUGGCUACAUGCGGCUUGUGAACUUGGUCUUCGCUGGGGGUCUGUGGGUCUUGUGCUUCUUCCGCAUGUUCCAGGCGCCCAGCUACUCGCACUUCCUUGUGUGUAUCUACCUCAUGUUUCUGAGUGCAGGACUGGCGUUCAUUGAGAACCACGAGCGCUUCCCGUCGGUAGCGGACCGUGUUAAGGUCAACUUUGGCUUCAUGUUCUCGGCCACUGGCAAGGCGUCCUACAUUCUCUGCAUCGCGUUCCUCGCCGUCUCGCAGGGCUGGAUCGGCUGGAUUCUCGGCGUGUGUUUCUUCUUCUUGGCUCUCUUCAACUUCUUCCUCAUCCACCGGCACCCGGCGUACAAGCAGGCCAUGAUGCAGCCGACGGGAGCGGCCUCGACUGCCCAACAGCAGGAGGAUGCGGACCUUGAAGCCAUGCCGGAACUCCGUUAUAAUCAGAAGCAGGCGCAAGUUCCCGUGUCUGGAACGUCCACCGCCAACAAGGCUCAGCCGUCUCACGUGUCGGUCUAAACGCAAGACUUACAACACCUGCAUCGCUAGGACACGAAAGUGAGAGCUAAGCUGCAUGGUUAUAUAUCCGCCUUUUCUGCAUCGUCUCUUCGACCAAAUCCAAAUAGUAAGAUAGCCCACAUCUACUUGAGUUUCAUGAGUUCUUGUUGAGCUGCUUAGUACGGACGAAAGCAGUGGAUACUGUCAUGCUGUUAGUUGCUUCCAUCGCUGCGCUGCUUGCGUAUUUUACUCCUUGGCCUCGCCGCCGUGCUGCGCCACGACACCAUUGCCGUGGAACUUGAGCGUCUUGACCCAGUUGCUGCGACGGCCAGUGGGGUGCUUGAACUGCACGGCCGACUUCUUGCCCUUCUGCUUGAUGAGCGUCUCAAUGUGCUCAGGCAGGAAGUUGUGCGAGUACGAGAUCUUGCCGUAGUAGUCGCCGACAGGGGCAGGCUCUUCGAUCUCGAGCUCCCAUCCCUGCUUCUUGGCAAAGCGCUCAGCCUCUUCCUUAGUGUCGAACUUGGUCACCAUACCCACGUACGGGUCGGCCGUGCUGGUCCAGCCCAUGAGGGGGUUUUCCCAUGUGCGGGGCGACGUGAAGCGGAUCUCCCAGUGCUUCGUCUGGUGGAUACCGCUUUGCAUUUGGUUACGUGCCGGCUUGAAGAGUUUAGCCUUGCGGCCCACGGACCACUCGCCUGUGCCAGACACGAUAGCGGCUUCCUCUGGGUAGGGCAUGGGAGACUUGUCGAUGGUCGGGACGCAGGCCUCCGACGCUUGGUACGGCAGAACUACGAUACCAAACGGAGGUGCAUUACGUCAGUGUUAUUUUCAGAUUAAUAAAUAGUCCUGGACUUGUGCUGGCAACGUACUGGUGCGUUCAGCGUCGGCGUAUUUCUGCUCGCGCAACUUGGCCAUAAGCUUCUCCUCGGCGGCUUCGGCCGCAGCCUUGGCGGCCUCGUCAUCCUUGGCCACCUCAGAGAAG